GGCGCCGCGCGCGCCUGUAGCUCGCGGGCCUCGCAGUUUGUUUGCCUAAUCUGGACUUGAAGCAGUUCAGCUACUGGGAAUCUGCCAUUUAACAAUAUCACAAUUGGAAAGAAGCAGGUUUUCAAAUAAUGGAAGACUCUAAGACCUCUAAAAAUGAAAAUCAUGAACCAAAGAAGAAUGCUUGGGCUCUUUCUGAAGAAAGCAAAGCAGUUAAAGUUAUAUCUAAUCAGACUUUGAAAGCUAGAAAUGAUAAAUCCAUAAAAGAAAUUGGGACCAGCUCUCCAAAUAAGAAUAGUAGUAAAAAAAAUAAGCAAAAUGAUAUUUGUAUAGAAAAAACAGAAGUUAAAUCAUGUAGAAUAAAUGCUGCCAACAUAGCAAGCCCUAGAGAUUUGGGAUUAGUCCUUCGAGAUCAAAGUCACUGCAAAACAAAAAAAAUCCCUAAUUCACCGGUGAAAGCAGAAAAGGUACCAGUUUCACAAGCAAAAGCAGAAAAAUCACCAAAGUCCCCUAAUUCACCAGUGAAAACAGAAAAGACACCCAGCUCACAGAUGAAAUCAGAAAAGGUCCCUGGUUCACCAGCAGAACCAGAAAAGGCUCCCAGUUUACUGUUGAAGGAAAACAUGCGACGGACAGAAUUACAACAUAUUGGAAAAACAAUUCCAAGCUCUUUUACGACUCUGGACAAAGUGAAUAUUGAUGUAGAGGGAGGAAAAUCUGCUUUGGAAAACUCACCAGGAUCUCAGAAGCAACAAGCAUGUACAGAUAAUACUGUUGAUUCUGAUGAUAGUGCUUCAGGAAUUGAAGACAUAUCGGAUGAUUUGAGUAAAAUGAAGAAUGAUGACUCUAAUAAAGAAAAUUCUUCAGAGAUGGACUAUUUAGAAAAUGCUACUGUGAUAGAUGAAUCUGCAUUGACACCUGAGCAGAGGCUAGGCUUGAAACAAGCAGAAGAACGCUUAGAAAGAGAUCACAUCUUUCGACUUGAAAAACGCUCACCAGAAUAUACCAAUUGCCGAUAUCUAUGCAAACUUUGCUUAAUUCACAUUGAAAACAUCCAGGGAGCUCAUAAACAUAUAAAGGAGAAACGACAUAAGAAAAAUAUUUUGGAAAAACAGGAAGAAAGUGAGCUUCGUUCUCUGCCACCUCCUACCCCUGCCCACCUGGCUGCUUUAAGUGUUGCAGUUAUUGAAUUAGCAAAAGAACAUGGAAUAACAGAUGAUGACCUCAGAGUCCGUCAGGAAAUUGUGGAGGAAAUGUCUAAGGUGAUAACAACAUUUUUACCAGAGUGUUCACUUAGGUUGUAUGGCUCAUCUCUGACUAAGUUUGCUCUGAAAAAUAGUGAUGUUAAUAUAGAUAUAAAAUUUCCUCCCAGGAUGAAUCAUCCAGAUCUACUGAUACAAGUGCUUGGGAUUUUAAAAAAAAGUGUAUUAUAUAUAGAUGUGGAAUCUGAUUUUCACGCCAAAGUUCCUGUUGUGGUGUGCAAAGAUCGGAAAAGUGGUUUGCUUUGUAGAGUGAGUGCAGGAAAUGAUAUGGCAUGCCUCACUACUGAUUUACUUGCUGCUCUUGGCAAGUUGGAACCUGUCUUUACUCCCUUGGUGUUAGCCUUUCGCUACUGGGCUAAGUUAUGCUAUAUUGACUCCCAAACUGAUGGUGGAAUCCCUUCUUACUGUUUUGCUUUAAUGGUGAUGUUUUUUCUACAACAAAGAAAACCCCCUCUUCUUCCUUGCUUACUUGGAAGUUGGAUUGAAGGCUUUGACCCAAAAAGAAUGGAUGACUUUCAGCUGAAGGGCAUAGUAGAAGAGAAGUUUGUGAAGUGGGAAUAUAAUUCAAGUAGUGCAACUGAGAAAAACUCAAUUGCUGAGGAAAACAAAGCUAAGGCAGACCAACCAAAAGAUGAUACCAAGAAGACAGAAACAGACAACCAAAGUAAUGCCAUGAAGGAAAAACAUGGCAAAUCUCCUUUAACAUUGGGAACACCAAAUCAGGUAUCCCUGGGACAGUUGUGGUUAGAGCUGCUAAAAUUUUACACACUGGAUUUUGCUUUGGAAGAAUAUGUCAUAUGUGUACGGAUACAAGAUAUUUUAACAAGAGAAAACAAAAACUGGCCUAAAAGGCGAAUAGCCAUUGAAGAUCCAUUUUCAGUCAAGAGGAAUGUUGCACGGAGCUUAAACAGCCAGCUUGUUUAUGAAUAUGUUGUGGAGAGAUUCAGGGCAGCUUAUCGGUAUUUUGCCUGUCCUCAGAGGAAGGGUGGAAAUAAAUCUACAGUGGAUUCUAUGAAAAAAGAGAAGGGGAAAAUAAGCAAUAAGAAACCUGUGAAGUCUGACAAUAUGGCAUCCAGUUGUUGCAUUCUACUUGGAGAAAGCACAGAAAAAAUAAAUGCAGAAAGAGGUCAGCCUGAUAAAUAUGAUGAAAUGGAAUGUACAUCACAGAGAUGUAUUACUGAAGAUGACAGUUUGUUGGUAAAUGAACUAGAUUUGGCUGAACUCGAACAGGAAUCUUCCUGUCUUUCUACCAGUGAAGACAGUGAAUUAGAGCCAAGAUCAAAUAAGAAACAAGAUGAUUUAGCACCUUCAGAAACUUGUUUAAAAAAGAAACUCAGCCAGUGUAAUUGCAUUGAUUAUAAAUCCCCUGACCCAGAUGAAUCUGUUGGUACAGACUGCAGGUCAAAUAUAGAAACAGAGAGUUCACAUCAGAUUGUGAGCACUGACACAUCUGCUACCUCUUGCAACUGCAAAGCUACAGAAGAUGCUUCUGACCUUAAUGAUGAUGAUAACCACCCCACCCAGGAAUUAUAUUAUGUGUUUGAUAAGUUUAUUUUAACCUCUGGCAAGCCACCAACGAUAGUAUGCAGCAUCUGCAAAAAAGAUGGCCAUUCAAAAAAUGAUUGUCCAGAGGACUUCAGGAAAAUUGAUCUAAAACCUCUACCAAAACAAACUUUUAACUUAGAUGAGUUAUCACCACCCUUUUCUGAACAACACAACAGGGAGCAAAUUUUAAUUGGCUUGGAAAAGUUUAUUCAAAAAGAAUAUGAUGAAAAGGCAAGAUUGUGCUUAUUUGGCUCUUCUAAGAAUGGAUUUGGAUUUCGUGAUAGUGAUCUGGAUAUUUGUAUGACCCUGGAAGGCCACGAAAAUGCAGAGAAAUUAAACUGUAAAGAAAUAAUUGAAAAUUUGGCAAAAAUUCUUAAGAGACAUCCAGGUUUAAGGAACAUUUUGCCUAUAACUACUGCCAAAGUGCCUAUAGUAAAAUUUGAACAUAGACGAAGUGGUUUAGAAGGUGAUAUCAGUUUAUAUAAUACCUUGGCUCAACAUAACACAAGAAUGCUAGCUACUUAUGCAGCUAUUGAUCCUAGAGUACAGUACUUGGGAUAUACUAUGAAGGUGUUUGCAAAGCGAUGUGACAUUGGAGAUGCUUCUAGGGGAAGUUUAUCUUCAUAUGCUUAUAUCCUUAUGGUGCUGUACUUUCUGCAGCAGAGAAAACCACCUGUUAUCCCAGUUCUACAAGAGAUCUUUGAUGGAAAACAGAUUCCACAGAGAAUGGUUGAUGGAUGGAAUGCAUUUUUCUUUGAUAAAACAGAAGAACUGAAAAAACGUUUACCUUCACUUGGAAAGAACACAGAAACAUUAGGAGAGCUUUGGUUGGGACUGCUUCGCUUCUAUACUGAAGAGUUUGAUUUCAAGGAAUAUGUAAUUAGCAUUCGGCAGAAAAAGCUGUUGACAACUUUUGAGAAGCAGUGGACAUCCAAAUGCAUUGCAAUUGAAGAUCCUUUUGACUUGAAUCAUAACCUUGGUGCUGGAGUUUCUAGAAAAAUGACCAAUUUUAUCAUGAAGGCAUUUAUCAAUGGAAGGAAACUUUUUGGUACCCCCUUUUAUCCACUCAUUGGCAGAGAAGCUGAGUACUUCUUUGAUUCCCGAGUAUUAACAGAUGGAGAACUGGCUCCCAAUGAUCGGUGUUGUCGUGUGUGUGGAAAAAUAGGCCACUACAUGAAAGACUGCCCUAAAAGGAGAAGUUUACUGUUUAGACUAAAGAAGAAAGACAGUGAAGAAGAGAAGGAUGGGAAUGAAGAGGAGAAAGAUUCCCGAGACCUUGUUGACCCCCGAGACCUCCACGACACUCGAGAGUUUAGAGACCUCAGAUGCUUUAUAUGUGGAGAUGCAGGACAUGUACGAAGGGAGUGCCCAGAGGUCAAGCUGGCUCGUCAGAGGAAUAGCAGUGUGGCAGCAGCCCAGCUGGUCCGCAACCUUGUAAAUGCCCAGCAGGUGGCUGGUUCAGCCCAGCAACAGGGUGAUCAGUCCAUAAGGACUAGACAGUCCUCAGAAUGUUCUGAUUCACCAUCUUAUUCUCCUCAGCCCCAGCCGUUUCCACAGAACUCUUCCCAAUCAGCUGCCAUUACUCAGUCUCCAUCCCAGCCAGGAUCCCAACCCAAGCUUGGCCCACCUCAGCAGGGAGCCCAGCCCCCCCAUCAGGUCCAGAUGCCUGUGUAUAACUUUCCACAGUCACCACCAGCUCAGUAUUCUCCCAUGCACAAUAUGGGAUUGUUGCCAAUGCACCCUCUCCAGAUCCCUGCCCCAUCCUGGCCUAUCCAUGGUCCAGUGAUCCACUCUGCACCAGGCAGUGCCCCCAGCAAUAUUGGCCUGAACGAUCCCAGCAUCAUCUUUGCACAGCCUGCUGCCAGACCUGUGGCGAUCCCUAACUCCUCUCAUGAUGGACACUGGCCUCGUACUGUGGCUCCAAAUUCCCUGGUGAACAAUGGUACAGUGGGGAAUUCGGAGCCAGGCUUUCCAGGACUAAAUCCUCCAAUUCCUUGGGAACAUGCACCACGUCCCCAUUUCCCUCUUGUCCCAGCUUCGUGGCCUUAUGGUUUGCAUCAAAACUUCAUGCAUCAGGGAAAUGCCAGAUUUCAGCCCAACAAACCAUUCUAUACUCAAGACAGAUGUGCCACCCGUCGGUGUAGAGAGCGUUGUCCCCACCCACCAAGAGGAAACGUGUCGGAGUAAUGCGAGUCCAUUUUCUUUCAGCUGGUCUACCGAUGCACAGCAACCAGCCAAUCCUGCUGUCUCAAGGGUAUCCGUACCUCAAUGUCAGUUACAUUCAGCAGAAAAAGUGACAUUUAAUGGAAAGCAAAACAAAUCAGGUCCUGAUUUAAAAUUUUAACACAUUUAGAUAGCUUAUUUAAAUUCUAAGACUGUUUUUAAAGACUGUAUUAUUUGUAUAUAAAUAUGAACUAUAGUUUUUACUAGUAUCACCAAAUUGAGUGAUACAAAUUUCAUCUAUUUUAUUACCCUAUUUUUAAGGGAAUUUUAUGUUUUGUUUAAUCUUGAUGAAUUGUAUAAAGAGAGAAUUUAAAAAUUACAUUCUUUAUUUUCUAUUAGCUGUAUUCAUACUUUGGUUGCUUCAGACUUUAUAUAUAUUGUUCUUAAGAAUUAGGAAAAACUUUCAUGUGUUUUAAAUUUGUCACUUCUAUUCUUUACAGAACCUUGUAGUGCCAAAAACUUUUUAAAAGGUAAAAAAAAAAAAAAUAAAACUACAACGUGAAGA